AGAGAGAGUAUAGAGUGAGAAUAAGAAAAUAAAACCAGGAUCAAUCCUCUCCAACAGGAGGGGGGGGGGGGCGGAGACCCUAUAAAGUACAAGAAGAAGAAAGCCAAAGCAUUAAGAAGAAAGGAAAGCAAAAGAUAAAAAUAGACAUUUUAUGGUAUCUCAAUCAGAACCAAUUCCAUUUCAUCGACCAAAAACAUCACCAGAGGCAGAGGGGGAUAGAGAGUCGAGAAAAAAAGGAAGGGAACCCAUUUGGCAAUUGAUGAAUCUCUUUAGCAUCUGGGUUACCAUCAUAUCUUUUUCUCAGUAAUUUCUCGCUAGAAGUGAUAAGAAAUUCUAUUGGGUACUGUUGACUUUACCUAAUGGACACCCCACCAGCUGAGGAGCUGCUGAAGAAGAUCCAAGAGCUCGAAGCCGGCCAUGCCCACCUCAAACAAGAGAUGUCGAAGCUGUUGCUCAGCAGUGGUGGCACCGGCACUGAUGGCAAAUCGGUACACCGGCAUCAGCGCUCACAUUCGGUAUCGCCGGAGAGAUCGAGAAUGAGCGCUUUGAGGAGGAAAGGUGGUGGUGGGUUGGAUGGACCCGCCUCCUCAUUCAGGAAGAGGUCACUUUCUUUCAGACAUUCGUCUCCGUUGCAAAGGGAGAGCAGCAGCCGUGAUGCUUCCAGUCCCAGACCUGCUGGUCCUGCAGCCGUUAACUUAACCAAUAAGCAGUACCUCAAUAUUUUGCAUUCUCUGGGUCAGUCCGUUCAUAUAUUUGACCUCAAUGGCCGUAUAAUUUACUGGAAUCAAACUGCUGAACAUCUUUAUGGUUAUUCUGCUUCAGAAGCCCUAGGUCAGGAUGCUAUUGAGCUCCUUACGGAUGCCUGCGAUGCUGAAGUAGCCAUUAAUAUAGUACAGCGAAUAACCAUGGGGGAGAGUUGGACUGGCCAGUUCCCUCUGAAGAAUAAAUUAGGAGAGCGUUUUCUAGCUACUGUUACUAACACUCCACUCUAUGACGAUGAUGGUACUUUGGUAGGGGUUAUUUGUGUGUCAAAUGAUUCACAGCCCUUUCAAGAAAUGCGGCACCCGUCCUCUAUGAUGAAGCCUUUGGAAGCUGGUUCCGGGUUUUCUUGGUCAAGAAGUAGUCCUACAGUUACAAAACAAAAUGUAGAUUUUCAGCAACCUCUGCAAGUUGCAAUUGCCUCAAAAUUAUCAAAUCUAGCUUCUAAAGUGACCAACAAAGUCAAGUCAAGAAUUAGGACUGGUGAGAACAGUAUGGAGCGUGAAAGUGGGAGUGGAGAUAGCCAGUAUUCCGAUCAUGGUUUAUCAGAUGCAGUUCUCUUUGACAAUAGAGAGGAUGCUACUUCCAGUGGAGCUAGCACACCUAGAGGAGACAUACUCCCAUCUCCCUUUGGUGUGUUUUCGCAGGUUGCCGUGGAUGAAAAAUCCCCUGGAAGAUCCUUGAAAGAUUCUGGUGAGGAGGGUGAGGGGAAGUCUGGGUUCCAGAAUAUCAUAACUGCAAAGGCAGAAGCAUGGAUCGGUAAAAAGGGGAUAUCUUGGCCUUGGAAGGGAAAUGAGCGGGAUGGACCGGAGGUGAGGACUACACGUUUUGUCUGGCCCUGGGUGAAUUGUGAUCAGGAAAAUGACUUGGGUCAUCCGAAGAAAGCUGAUUCAAGUGCAAAACCAGAAAGGCUAGUUGGUGAAAGCAACCGGCCAAAUAAUGAGGCUUCCGGGUCCUGGUCCUCCGCAUUUAAUUUUAACAGCACAAGUAGCGUGAGUAGCUGUGGAAGUACCAGCAGUAGUGCUGUUCAUAAAUUGGAUAUGGAUGCUGACUGCAAUGAUUAUGAAAUCUUGUGGGAGGACUUGAUGAUUGGAGAACUGAUUGGGCAAGGUUCUUGUGGAACUGUAUAUCAUGGACUCUGGUAUGGCUCGGAUGUUGCAGUCAAGGUGUUCUCCAAGGAAGAAUAUUCGGAUGAAGUAAUAUUUUCCUUCAGACAAGAGGUAUCACUUAUGAAGAGGCUCCGACAUCCAAAUGUACUACUCUUUAUGGGUGCAGUUACUUCACCUCAACGUCUUUGCAUUGUUACAGAGUUUCUCCCACGUGGAAGUUUGUUUUGGUUGCUUCAACGGAACACAACUAAACUGAACUGGAGACGGCGUGUUCACAUGGCAUUGGAUAUUGCACGGGGCAUGAAUUAUCUCCAUCACUGCAACCCCCCUAUCAUCCAUCGAGAUUUGAAGUCGUCAAAUCUUUUAGUUGAUAGGAAUUGGACAGUGAAGGUUGGUGACUUUGGUCUCUCACGUCUUAAACGUGAAGCUUACCUGACAACCAAGACUGGAAGAGGAACGCCACAAUGGAUGGCCCCAGAGGUUCUUCGUAAUGAGCCUUCAGAUGAGAAGUCUGACGUGUACAGCUUUGGGGUGAUAUUGUGGGAGCUUGUCACUGAGAAGAUCCCCUGGGAUAAUCUCAACUCAAUGCAGGUAAUUGGAGCUGUUGGGUUCAUGAAUCAACAGCUAGAGAUCCCAAAAGCCCUGGAUCCACAAUGGGCAUCUAUAAUUGAGAGCUGCUGGCAUAGUGAUCCACCGUGUAGACCCACAUUCCAAGAGCUGCUAGAAAGGCUUAAAGGUCUGCAGAGACAGUAUUCCAUUCAAUCCCAGUUGAAUCGUGCAACCCCUGGGGAUGCCACAUAGAAGUACUAUAAAUCUGAAAACCCCAAUAAUUGAAGGCUGCAUUAUCACAAGGUGGUUGGUAUAUGCCUGGUUCACCAUCAACCUUGGAAAAGGUAAUAAAGGAAGGGAAAAGGAAUAUGGUUGGAGGAUAUGUGUAGAUCAUUGGAUGAGCAGGCACAGUUUUGAUGGUGGUGAUUAUUGUUUCUGUUCUUUCUGAUCUGAAAGAUCCUGCCAACGGGCAGAGAAGCCAGUGUUCAUAAUCCAAUUCAUGUGGUUUUGUUUCAAGCUUGUUAACCAUUUGUGAUUCGUCUGGAAACUGUUAACAUACCGUUUAAACUGUUCUUACAAGCUUCUCUCCACUUCUUUUUGUUUUUACAGAAUCAUUUCUUGGCAAGUGUAUAAAAACAGUGAUGAUGUAAUCUGUUAAUUUAUAACCAUCCCGUGGUGUUCAUUUUUA